AACGUUCCUUGAUAUUCGCAAAAUGACGAUCUGCGUUGUGGAUCAGCAUUUUAGUCUGAAUAAAAUACUUUUGCGUGCAGUUGCCUUAUGGCCUUAUCGUCGAACAAAACUAAUUGACUUUCAUCUUUUCUUGGUUCUUGUUAUUUUAAUUAGCUUUAUCCUGGUCCAGUUGACAACCUUUCUAACUACAGAAUGGACAUCUGAUGUGGCAAUUAAAAUUUUAUCCUCUGCAUUGUAUUCCACUAUAUAUGUAGUAAAAUAUAAUUCCUUCUGGUUUAAUGCCAAUACGAUAAGAUGUCUAUUCGAGAAAUUUCAAUAUAUAUAUGACGAGCUAACAGACGAUAGCGAAAUCGCUAUCAUAAAAGAAUAUGGGCACGAGGCGAAACGUUUUACAAUUUUAAUGUCAUUAUCCGGCGUGUUUAGUUCAAUAACUAUGUGUCUUCUACCAAUUUUUCCGCGAAUUCUUGGUAUUUUUAUGUCCAUAAAUGUGUCGGAAGAACAUUUUAUGAUACAUAUUCCGAGAGAAUACUUUAUCGAUCAAGAGAAGUAUUACUAUUGUAUUUUGCUACACAUGGACGUUAGCUUCUUUAUGGGAGCAAUGAUAUUAGUAGCAACAGGAACACUGAUAUUUAGCUGCAUCAAAUAUAUAUGCGGAUUAUUUAGAAUCGCCAGUUGUCGUAUUGAUCAAACAGUGGAGUGUCCCAUGUUUCAAAGUGCCGGUUUGUCGAAGGAUUUUAUACUUUAUAAAAAGAUUGUACAUGCCAUAGACAUUCAUCGCAAAGCAAUAGAAUUAUGUGAUAUGCUAAAAUCUAAUUUCGUGGGAACAUGUUUUUUACUAGUGUUAGUUGGUGUUAUUUCCUUAAGUCUCAAUCUUUAUGGGCUUCACCAGGCUAUGAUGCUUGGAAGCGCCACGGAGGAAUAUUUAGUGUAUGUUAAAUGUAUGCUUGUCAUUCUAAUAUACAUGUUCGUAGGCAAUUACAUCGGACAAGAAAUUGCAGAUCACCAUAACCAUAUGUUUAUCAGCAUAUACAACAUUAAGUGGUACGUAACUCCUUUAUAUAUACAAAGGAUAAUUUUGUUCCUGUUACAAAGAGGCACUAGAAAUUUUCAAAUUGUUGUUGGUGGACUGUUCGUGGUAUCUAUGGAAAGUGCAACCAUGGUAAGUUUAUGCCACAUCAUAUCAUCUUAUAAAAUUACAUCAUAUAACAAUCUACAAAUUAGCAUGAACUAUGCAAAUAACCAAUGCAAAAUAUGUUUCAGUUGUUAAGCACUUCCAUAUCAUAUUUCACCGUUCUCCAUUCUAUACAGCAAAAUGAUGUAACUAAAUAGCUAAAAUGAGUUUAUGGCGUUUCGAUUAGAUCGAAUUAAAAUUAGAUUCUACAUACUAGAGAAUUCUGAAGUAACAUUCUUACUGUCGAACGGAGAAGAAAGUUUUAAUCAACGGAGCAACUCAUGAUAUUUUCCUGCAUAAUUCAAAGAAUAUAAAUUCGCAACAGUGGAUGUAUCGUACCACUUUAUUGGUGUUAUUUUAAUCAAAAGUUUAAAGUAAUCUAUAUAUGUACAUCAGUUUAUAAUAUAGCAUUUGUGCGUAUAUAAUUAAAUAUUAUAAUUUGUGCGUAUAUUAUUACAUAUUAUAAAUAUGUGCGCGGCAUGAUUAGUAACAAAAUGUAAACCAAACUCACAACACAUUAUUUAACUUUGACAUGUUAUUCAUAUUUCGUGAUAUAUAACCAGUGCUGAAUGUAUACCUGAUUUGAAUAUCAAAUAUAUAUCACGUACAUAUA